AUUUUUAUAACCCCUCUUCUUGUUUUUCUGAACUCUAUCUCUCUCUCAUGGCAUGCCCUGACCUGCGCUCUCCACCUCCUAGGAGAUCAUGCUAAUUCCUGCGCUGUGAUUUGCUGUUUUCUGUGGGGCGCUGUGUGUCCACUGUACGAUCUGAUUGGCUUUUUGAGGGACCCUGCAGGUUUGAGGGGGAGCGGGCUUCCACUGUUCCCACAAAGAAAAAGUGAGAGACGGAUUUAAUGACAGAGGUUACAACUCUGAUGAGAGCAGCUGCAAAGAAGGGAAAGGGGACAGAGGGGAAGUGAGAGCUGAUAGAGGCAUUAUGAGAUAGAAAUAUUACAAGGGGAGGGAGAGAAUUAAUAUCCCAGAGUGCUUCGGUGGACACUGCAGACAGACAUGAAUAAUCGCUCCAUCGCCUGGUGGCUGAGACAAAUCGGCCUGCCCCAGUACACCAAGACUCUUGAGAGUGAAUAUUAUGGUCUGGAGGGUUUGUUGAGUGUAACGGAUGGCGAGCUGAAGGAUGCAGGGAUAGAGGAUGCAACACACAGAGAAACAAUCCUUAAUCAGCUGUCAAGACACCGACAAAAACUGGACCCACACUCUGUUUCAUAUUUACCGGACAAGCAUGAGAGUGGUGUGAAAGUGGAGCGCAGGGUGAGCCGAAAGUAUUCCCUGGGAUCGUCUUUGGAUCUGGUGAAGCCAAGCAAGGAUUUGUUUCGUCAGAGUGUCCUGCCCCGCCUCCAGCGCGCUGAUAAGAAACAACGCCUCUCCGCCUCCUGCUCCCAGCUACGUCCCCUGAACGAGAACAACACUGUCAGUGAGGCGGAGCGCUGCGAGGACAGCAAACACAGCAAGAGGAGAAGUGUCAGCGCAUACCUCAGCCAGCUGAAGGUGUUUGGUGGUCGGAGUAACAUGGACUCAUUAAAGAAGGAGCUGGAGGAGGAGCUGAAGCUCAGCACAGAUGACCCGACGAGCCAUGCGUGGUACCACGGACCACUAGGCAGAGAGGCUGCCGAGUCUCUGUUUGAGAGGGACGGAGACUUCUUGGUCCGAGACUCGAGCUCUGCCCCUGGUGACUACGUUUUGAGCUGCCACUGGAAAGACGGGCCCAUGCACUUUAAGAUCAUACGAGUGAUCCUUCGUCCUAAAAAGGGCUACUCUCGGGAGCUGUUCCAGUUUGAGGAGGAUCGCUUUGACAAUGUUCCCGCUCUGAUCCGAUUCUAUGUGGGCGGGCGUCAACCCAUUUCCAAGGCCUCGGGCGCCGUGAUCUUUCACCCUAUCAAUCGGACCCUUCCUUUGCGAGUCAUCAGUGAGCGUCACACAGAGUCCACAAGCAGCAGCAGAGGUGCGGGGAGAGAAAAACAAAAUGAGGCCAACAAAAGACGCAGCUUCAGCUCUGCACAUGCAGACACACUGCAGGUCAUCAAUCCACUGCUGAGAAGUGGAAGUCAGCCUGCUAACUUGGAGAACGUUGGACGCAGGCCUUCGCUUCAGUCUGCACAGUCUGACAGUAACCUACGAACAGGUGUCCCACAGAAGAUUCAGUCAGAGGACACUGGCCACGCCCCCAUCUCUCCAGUGUUUCGCACAGGCAGCGAACCCCUGCUGAGCCCCCGACCACGACACACACGGCCCUCCCAUCCAGGUGGUGGUGUAACAUUGCGAGGUUCAGAUGGACAGCUGCACCCGAGAGCUCCUCCUAAACCUCUCAGGGUCUCUGCGGUCUUCCCUAACGCCGUCCCUCCCCCACCCACAGAUCAGGACGUUGACCCCUCGUCUUUCUACGAUGAGCUGGUCGUCCAGGUGCCACAGUCUCGACGGAAAGGUCAUGUGGACCGACUGCGUGCGGAGGAGAAGUGGCAGAGUCGUGCCCGCCUGACAGAGACUUCCUUCGGCUUUCUGGAGGCACAGGAGAAGAGCGAAGCGUCAUCACAGCUGCCACUGCUGCCCCAGAAGAAGGCGGCACUGGAAGCUGAAGACUGGCAUUUUGAAAAGCCACAUGUGGAGUCAGUCUCCUGUUUCCAGCUGGAUCAGUUUGAGUCUCUGCUCUUGCCGGAGAACAACCGACCUCUUGAUCCCAGCAUACUGCUGACACUCAAAGAGCUCUUCAACCGCUCAAAUGCAGAAAGCACCGCUCUGCACAUGCUCAGUGUUGACUGCCAGGUCGCACGCAUCGUCGGCGUGACUGAUGAGCAGAAGAGGCUUAUGGGAGUGGGAUCAGGGCUGGAGCUUGUCACUUUGCCACACGGACACCAGUUACGGCAAGAUUUGUUAGAAAGGCACCAUCUAAUAGCAUUGGGAGUUGCAGUGGACAUCCUGGGCUGCACAGGGACUGUGAGCCAGAGAGCAACCGUUUUACAUAAAUUAAUCUUAUUGGCUCAGGCCCUGAAAGAACACGCCCACAACCUCUACUCCUUCUCCGCUGUGAUGAAGGCCCUGGAGAUGCCUCAGAUAAUGCGACUUGAGAUGACAUGGCGAGCACUGAGGAGGAACCACACAGAGACUGCAGUCUUAUUUGAGAAGAAACUCAAACCCUUCAUGAACAUGCUGAACGAGGGGGACGACUCUGUAGUCCACGGUCCUAUCGCUGUGCCACACCUGGUUCCCCUGCUAAUGGCGAUGGAGGGUGACGACCCCGUGGAGAACAGUGAGCGAGGCUGUCAGCUUCUCUUCGAUGUCCUUCAAUCAGCUCGCAGUGCCGCGCUUCAUGCACAAGAUUAUCAGCAGCAUGCACACACUCUGCUCACAGCAGGCUGGGAGCCCGUCCCUGAGUUGCUGGAGGCUUUCCGGACAGAGUUCGCCCUGCGGCUGUUCUGGGGUCAGUCAGGGGCGACAGCAGACAGAGAGGAGCGCUACGAGAAGUUUGACAAGAUUCUUUGUGUCCUCUCAGAUAAACUGGAACCCGUGGAGAUCACUCCUCAACAUCCUGACUCACUAACCUGAACCUCAGGGCCUGUUUCACUAAGCGGAAGGUGAAGUCAGCACUUUCUUCACAAGGAAAUAAAGGUUAAAGGUUAAAUGUUUUUAGCUGAGCCUUGGUGAGCUGCGGCAGCCAAGGCAGAGAUCUCCCCCGAGAUCACACAGACAUAAAGAAAAGGUUAUUGUUGAGAUGAGGGCGACUUUCAAGUUUGUUGAGAGACAACUUAACUUAAAAAAAUGUGGAAUGCGUCUGCUGUCCUUUAUUGUGAAAAGGGCUAUGCUGUAUUAAUUAUCAGGAAAUCUGAAACCGUUUACCCAAAAACUAGAAUCUGUUUACUUGUUCAAAUGUGCAUUUCUGAUAGACGCUGUUUUAUUCAUUGACACUGAUUGUUUGAUACUUGAGAUUUCAAAGGACCAAUAUGAACGUUGUUAAAACUGAGUUAGUCCCCUUUGUACAUAAACUGCUGCUGUAAGGGACCACAGUGGAAAUUGUAUUUUUAAUGUCAGUGUUUUCUAAAGCAAAAUGUGUAAAUGUUCAGUUUUUACAUUAAACAUUUCUCA